AUACUGAGUGGUUACCAUCCAUAAUUCAAAUUCAGCGCUCUGUACCUUUUAAGUACCGCAAUAAAUGGAACUAGUGUCGCCAUCUAAUUGUAGUUUGGGGCUUUAAUUAUGCUUGGAUUCCAUUCUGCUAGCAAAAUAAGUGUUAGUUAGCUUCUAGUAGCCGUUUGAAAUGAAUGUUGAGUGUUUACCUCGUGUAUGUAUACGGCGUUAUAUUUACUUGUACACUAUGGCUUACAAUCUACAGCGUCGGUCGAUCAGAGCAGUUAUUGCAGAGGAAGAAAAUGCGAACUAUGGCGAAGAUGCUUUGAGUAGUGAAGAAAGUCACAUAUCUGAAGACUCUUACGAAAGUGAUUCGGAGUGCUCUGAAAGCUCGAACAAUGAAAUGGAUAUUGGUUUUGAAGAUGAUAAUUUACAAAGUGGUACAGUAGACCAGCGUAUUCUAAUAUCAAGAGCCAGAGAUAGACCAACAUCUAUUUUACGUGAAAAAAAUGACUUUAAUUGGAAUACCGUAGGUCCGAUACGACGCUCAGACAGAAUUGAUGAAGAAGUAAAUAUUAUUCCUAGUCCUAAAGGUAAAGCCAGAAACUGCAAUUCACCUUUUGAAUUUUGGCAAUUACUUUUUGAUGCUGAUAUGGUGAAUUUGAUAGUUAAGCAUACCAAUGCAAAAAUUGAAGAUGUAUAUGCUACUAUGGGCAACGAUAAACAUAAGCAGACAUAUCAUCAUCUUACUGAUAACUCUGAAAUCAUGGCUUUUAUCGGUUUAUUAUACUACUCAGGAUUAUGGAAGUUAAAUCAUGUUGACACUUGUGAAUUAUGGAACAAGGAAAAUGGAUUAUCAUUUUAUGGAUGUGUGAUGCUAAGGCAAAGAUUUGAAUUUUUGUGUAGUUGUUUGCGAUUUGACGAUAAGAAGACACGUGAUCCAGAAGACCGACUUGCAUCAAUUAAAGAAUUAUGGACAAAAUUUAUAAAUAAUUGUACACGUUUUUACGAACCAAGUAAUUGGUGCACAGUAGAUGAACAGUUGCUUGAGUUUAGAGGUCGCUGCAGGUUUAAGAUGUACAUGCCGAAAAAACCAGAUAAAUAUGGUUUGAAAAUCAUCACAUUAAACGACGCAAAAACGUUUUAUUUGAUAAACGGUAUUCCGUAUUUAGGGAAAACCAACACACGAACCACAGAAGCGAUUCCUGAAUUUUAUUUUAAGGAAGUAACUACUCCAAUUCACAAUACCAACAGAAGUGUCACCGCGAAUAAUUGGUUUAUGUCGAUUCCACUGAUGGAAAAAAUGAAGGAUGAGCCAUAUAAGAUCCGCAUGACUGGUACUAUUUGUAAAAAUAAACGCGAAAUACCAGCGGAAAUGAAAGUAUCGGGAAAAGAAGUGCCUUCCUCAAAAUUUGUGUUUCACAAUGACAUCAUAUUGGUUGCGCACACACUAAAAAAAAAUAAAAUUGUUUUAUUGACUAGUAACUACAUACAGUCAGCAAAUAUCGGAGAAAAAAAUAAGCCAAUUGCAAUUUUGCACUAUGAUAAAACAAAAAGUUGUACCGAUACUUUCAACCAACUGUGUCAUGCGUAUACAACAUCGAGAAAGACACUUAGAUGGCCACUUCGAUUUUUUUUUGGAAUUCUUGACCAGGCUCAAGUAAACGCCAGGAUUUUAUAUGUAUGCAAACUAAAAAAUGCUCAAGAACAUGUAUAUCCAAAUACAUUAACUGCGGUUAAUUGCUUGAAAGGUAUAGUAAAAAAACUUUGCCAACAACAUUUAAUAGAUCGUUAUGAAACAGCAACAAUAAGGACCGAUAUAAAAAGAGGCAUCGCUGAAAUUUUGAGACUUCGAGAUAGAAAUGUUAACAAUCAAGAAAGGUUGCAGUUCAACAAACAAAGGCGAUGUACUCUUUGCGAAAAUAAAAAAGACUGUAAGACAAAAAUGCAAUGUCCUUCAUGUUUGCGUGCGAUGUGUGAUAAUCAUCGCACUUAUUUAUGUUUAGAUUGUGGUGAAUUAGAAUGAUUUAUGUAAUUUCAUAAUUAUACAACUUUUUUCAGUUGUCUAUAAUAAUAAAAAAAUCAAUAAACUACAUUUUUAUACGUAAAAA